CUUGCAGUUAUAAAUCUGUUGCUAUUUUUCAAUCAACCAUCUGGCAGUGUGUCCGAGUGCAAUGAGAAUUUUGGGGAUUUGUGGAUUCCCUCAUGGACUAAUGAAACCAUGCCAGAUGCUUCAACGUCAGUAAGAAAUGAUAUGCGCUGUAACAAAAGGUGUGAUGAUGAAAAAUGUUGCACAUGCAAUAAUUGUAUGAAUUGGGAGGGUUCAGAAAUUGAUCUUUAUAUAGAAUAUGUAUCAGUGUUUGGUAAAAGCUUGGUACUGUCUGAUCAAGCUCUUACUGAAACUGGAGUGUACAGAAUUCAGCACACUUAUUCGGAAAUGACAGAAAUUCCAAGCAAUAUCUGUGGCUGGGACAAUAAAUCAAAUCUGAUGGAAUACUAUGAAGAAGAGUUUGAAAGCAUCAAGAAAUAUUUCAGUAACAUAGUAACAAUAAACUUUGAAGGCAAUAAAAUCAGAAAUGUCCCAGAUAUUAACUGCUUACCUAGACUAGAUACUCUUAUCCUGAGAAAUAAUGAAAUUCAAUUCCUAUCCAAUACUUCAAUAUCCAAUCUGUCAAAUCUCAGAGUUAUAGACUUCUCAGGUAACUUCAUACAAAACAUGGAUCCAAAUACAUUAACAUCUCCUUACCUUAGUUUAUUCUUUGCAAAUUUCAGUCACAAUGACAUGACCAGCCUUGAUUUCUCAAAUGCUAUGAGCUUACACCCCUUUUGUAAAAUUGAUUAUGAAUCAAAUGAAAUAACUGAGAUAACUAAUGAAGCUGACUUCAAACUCAGUCUUGAUCAAACUUAUGGACCUGGUUUUGUAAACUUGAAAUACAAUAAAAUUUCAACAUUUCCAGACUUUAAAUCGAUUCUUUCCUUGGACUCAAUUGCCCAACUAGGUACAUUACUUAGCUUUGGGUUUGAUUUACGUGGCAUACCCUUAGUUUGUGACUGUAAUUUGCAUUCCUUUAUGACACUUGCAGAAGACGUCAUUAAAAUCUUGUGGCUAGAAUAUUUUGAUGUAAAAUGCACGGCACCUCCGGAACUUGCAGGAAUGAAUGCCAUCAAUGUGACACUUGAUUCACUCACUUGCCCUGUUUCAGCCGAUUCAGGCUGUCAAACACCGGAAUGCACAUGUGUGGACAAGCCAGAUGAGAACACUUUAGUGGUCGAUUGCUCAAAUUCUGAUCUCACGGAGAUCCCUGACAUACCGUUUUCAAAGAAUUCACAAUAUAUAUCACUUAAUGUUUCUGGUAAUAACAUUAAGGACCUCAAAAAUAACUCAGUCUUGCAAAAAUUGUCUGUACUGGAUAUCUCUGGAAAUGACCUAGGUAAAAUUAACAUUUAUGAAGCUAGAAUGCUUGAAAAUGCUUCGUAUGUUGAUAUAUCAGACAAUCCAAGAUUACAGAAUCUUCCUCAGGCCUUCCAAUAUCAUAAUGUUUGCCUUAGAAAUAUGGAACACUUACAGAUCACUUGCAAUUGUGAAGCUUUGUGGAUUGAACAAUGGUUGAAUCUCUCCAAAAAAUGCAUCAACUCUAAACAAUUAUUCAAAUGCGUAAUGCCUGAUAACACUAUAAAACCUGCAUUGAACUUUGCUGAAAAUGACUUAGUAUGCUAUGGUACUUGGACCAAUUAUAUUCUAGAAACCAUAAUAUUAGGCAUAUUGCUUGCGUUGUUAAUCAUUGCAGGAACAGUGGUCUUUAUUUUCCGAUACGAAAUUCUGAUCCUCUACCUUCGUGCUCGGCAUAAAAGACGCAAUGUUAUAGUGCCUUCUUUCAAGUACGAUGUUUUUCUAUCCUACAACGAUGGAGAUGAGGAUGUUUCUAAAUGGGUCGAAAAAAUACUUGAAAAAAAUCUGAUAAAGACAGGCUAUAAAGUAUUCAGGCCAAACAAGGAUAUCGAUUUUGGAAGUGAAAGAGAUUCACUAAUUAUUUCAGUAUUGGCUACAGCAAAAAACUUUCUUGUCAUAAUGACAGACAAUUACCUCCAAGAGGCCAAUGAUAUGAGAUCUUGGACUGAAAAUGAAUGGAAAUAUGGAUGGAACAAUUUCAAAACUGACAGAUUGAAGAACAUUGUUCUUGUUAACUUUGACCAUCUGUCAUCUUUCGAUGUCAUUCAUUCGCAAAUAAAAGCUUUUCUUAGAGUUGGCUGCACAGUAAACUUUAAGAAUACCGAUAGGAAGAUUAUGGAAGAAAUUUACACAAAACUUGGAGAACCAUGGAAAAUACCAAAGAGUAAAUUCUCAGCCUAUGGACGCUACAAAGUACCAGGAGAAGCAGUUGAACUUACAGAUGGAUCUGUUGAAAUAGAUAAUAUCAGUAAAUUUUUCCCUGCAGAGCAAUACAAAGAAAUCAUGAAUGUUAAUGAUAUGUUGAUCACAGAAACAGAGAUGGAAAAGAAACCAAACAAAGUAGAUGGGAUGACAGACAGUCUAACUGAUCAAGAACUUAAUGCAGAGUCCAGAGACAGUCAAACCAAUGAACACACCCAUCAAAGACAUACUGUUAUCCAAUCAUGCAAGUUUAGAAAAUGCUAUGCUUGUAAGAUUAAAGACGAGAGGGUAAACAUGCCCGGAAAUGGCAGUGUUGACAGGCCAUUGGAAAUGUUCACACUGAGACCAUUCUCAAGUCAAACAUAUUCAUCAAGUACAAGUAGACAUUCAAAAACAAAUAAAUUCUAGAACAAAAAUUCUGAAAAAUAUCUGAAAAUUGAAAUUGACGGUGUAAAAAAAAAAGUCCUGUAUUUUUAUUUCUUUGAAAGUUCAUUGAAAAAAAACAAAACAACAAAUGUUUAAUACCGGGACCUCUGAAUGCUGGAAACCAGCACUACUGCUAAACAUGCAUGAAAAAAUCCCCUGAAAAUAGGAUGGUAAUAAGAAUCAAUCUUCUAAUUUUAUCAAAUGUGGGCUAGAACAUAAUACCAACAUGUUCAAUAACUUAUUUAUCUAUGCAGGUGUGAAAAAAAAUUCAGUUUAUGUGUUUGAAUUAUAGCUUUUUGACCAUUGUUGUUUCUUUGCUGUCUAGUAUGAUUAUUUUUUUUAAUUUGUUGGGUUUUAUCAAAUGUGGAAGAGAAAUUAAGUAAUUUUGUUAAAUUAAAAGAGAUAGCUAUUUCUUUCUCUACUAAUUAAAAGAAUAAAAAGAUUGAUUUUACAGUAAGAUAUUGAAUACAAAAAUUGUUAAUUUGCUUAAUUUUCAUUUUGUAAAAGCAAUAAGAAUUAAUUCUAUUAAUGAUAUAUUUCAAUAGCCACUAAAAAUGUUCAAUUUUAGGUAAGGUGUUGUUUCAAAUUCUAAUUUCCUACUUUUUAUAUCAACAAGAAACAUGAUCUAUAUCAACUUAUACAUUAUGUUGAUAUAAAGAAUGUCAAUGUUGAGAUAAAUAAUGUUCCAUGUUGAUAUAAACAAUGUUCCAUAAACAAUGUAUCAUGUUGAUAUAAACAAUGUUUCAUGUUGUAUGAUGAAAAAUAUCUAAUGUUGAUAUAAACAAUGUUCCAUUUUGAUAUCAAGAAUGUCUCAUGCUGAUAAAAACAAUGUUCCAUGUUGAUAUAAGAAUGUUCAUGUUGAUAUAAACAAUGCUCCAUGUUGAUAUAAGAAUAUUCAUAUUGAUAUAAGAAUGUUCCAUGUUGAUAUAAACAAUCUUCCAUGUUGAUAUAAGAAUGAUCAUGUUGAUAUAAAGAAUGUUCAUGUUGAUAUAACAAUGUUCCAUGUUGAUAUAAACAAAGUUUUGUGUUGUCAUAAAUAAUAUUUCAUGAUGAUAUCAAGAAUGUUUCAUGUUGAUAUAAAUAAUUAUCCUGUUGAUAUAAAGAAUGUCAAUGUUGAUAUAAAAAAUAUUUCAUGUUGAUAUAUUUAAACACUGUCCAUGUUGAUAUAAAAAGAGAUUAAAAAUGUUGAUAUAAUCAGA